AUGGACACCAGGCAGGACAACAUGGACAGCAGGCAGGACAACAUGGACACCAGGCAGGACAACAUGGACACCAGGCAGGACAACAUGGACACCAGGCAGGACAACAUGGACACCAGGCAGGACAACAUGGACACCAGGCAGGACAACAUGGACACCAGGCAGGACAACAUGGACACCAGGCAGGACACCAAGGACACCAGGCAGGACAACAUGGACACCAAGGACACCAGGCAGGACAACAUGGUCACCAGGCAGGACAACAUAGUCACCAGGCAGGACAACAUGGACACCAGGCAGGACAACAUGGACACCAGGCAGGACAACAUGGACACCAGGCAGGACAACAUGGACACCAGGCAGGACAACAUGGACACCAGGCAGAACACCAAGGACACCAGGCAGGACAACAUGGACACCAAGGACACUAGGCAGGACAACAUGGACACCAAGGACACCAGGCAGGACACCAAGGACACCAAGCAGGACAACAUGGACACCAAGGACACCAGGCAGGACAACAUGGACACCAGGCAGGACAACAUGGACACCAGGCUGGACAACAUGGACAGCAGGCAGGACAACAUGGACACCAGGCAGGACAACAUGGACACCAGGCAGGACAACAUGGACAGCAGGCCGGACAUGGACAGCAGGCAGGACAACAUGGACACCAGGCAGGACAACAUGGACACCAGGCAGGACAACAUGGACACCAGGCAGGACAACAUGGACACCAGGCAGGACAACAUGGACACCAGGCAGGACAACAUGGACACCAGGCAGGACAACAUGGACACCAGGCAGGACAACAUGGACACCAGGCAGGACAACAUGGACACCAGGCAGGACAACAUGGACAGCAGGCAGGACAACAUGGACAGCAGGCAGGACAACAUGGACACCAGGCAGGACAACAUGGACAGCAGGCAGGACAACAUGGACAGCAGGCAGGACAACAUGGACACCAGGCAGGACAACAUGGACACCAGGCAGGACAACAUGGACAGCAGGCAGGACAACAUGGACAGCAGGCAGGACAACAUGGACACCAGGCAGGACAACAUGGACACCAGGCAGGACAACAAGGUCUUGUUGAUUCCUUACACAGGUUCCUGA